AAACCUUUCCACGGGACCGGAGCUGUGGAAUUCGAAGCACGACUCAUAUCGCUGAUAAAACAAAAGAUCUUAAUAUAAACAGAUUCUAAACAAUUUAACAAUUAGACCGGGAAGGAUAGAUUCGAUCUCUUUGAGUCUCUAUCAGUCGUAAUGGCGAUACAAAUUMUUAGGAUGCCGCACUUUUUGCCCUUGUUGAUGGCUAUAUUAUUCUUGGACAACUUGGUGAAAGUAGAUGCUGAUUGCCAUAGCACACCCGUUGGCCUAGAAAACAUGUACAUCAUCCCUAACAUUAGCUUCACAGCAUCUUCUUUCUACGAUAACAAAUAUAUCCCAUACAAUGCUAGACUGAACGGUUACAACGGAUGGAGYCCGAAACUAGCGAACCGCGAAAAUGAAUAUCUACAAGUUGACCUUGGGUACCCUUACGUUAUCUGUGCCAUAGCAACACAAGGUAGUAGUCUCAAAACUGAGUGGGUAACGCAGUACAGGAUAAUGACAUCAGUCUAUGGAACGGAAUGGGUUGCCUAUAAAGAAAAUAGUCAAGUUAAGAAUUUCACAGGAAACACGGACCAAAACACUAUCGUUAAGAAUAGAGUCAAUAAACCUUUGGCAAGAUAUGUCCGCAUUUUUCCAACAAAGUAUCGAAUCUGGAGCACAAUGAGAAUUGAAUUAUUUGGCUAUCCUGAAGCGUGUGAUAAUCUUCCACUUGGAAUGGAAUCAGACGUCCUUCAAAAUAUAACAGCCUCUUCUGGUCAAGACCCAGCUAAGAAUGCCAGGCUAAAUUACACAUCAGGCUCGUCUUGGUGUGCCUCUACAAGUGACUCUGAUCCUUAUCUACAGAUUGACUUGGGGUCAUUUCACCUUUUUUGUGCUGUGGCUACACAGGGAAACAGCAUGGCAGACCAGUGGGUGAAGACGUACCAGAUAAAUACAUCUACUGAUGGUACAACAUGGACCACUUAUCAGGAGAACAAUAUUGACAGGGUAUUUUGGGGCAAUUUUGAUCGUUCAACGGUGGUACGCCAAGUUCUUUUCUAUGGCACUGUUUUAAGAUACAUACGUAUCAUACCCAAGACACACCAGACUACACCUUGCUUGAGGACAGAGAUCUAUGGAUAUCAAGUAAAUCAAACUUGUUCAAGUCACAGCUUGGGCAUACCAAGCUCUAAACGGGUUCUCAACCACAGGAUUUCAACAACAUCAUAUUACAAUAGCGAACACCAACCUUCUAUGGGAAGACUUGGCUCAGAUUCAGCAUGGGGGCCAGAAAAACAAAAAGGUGAUGACUACCUCCAGAUUGAUGUUGGUGCUGUGUCGUACAUGUGUUCUAUAGCAAGCCAAGGCAAUGGGAAUAAUAAAUUACACGAGUGGGUCACGAAGUAUGAGGUGUUGUAUUCUACAACCAAUAACCAGUAUAUAACAUACAGCGAGAAUGGGACAGACAAGGAAUUUCCAGGAAAUACAGAUCAAUCAACAAUUGUUACCAAUUCAAUAAAGAAUCCAUUCAAAGCCAAGUUUAUUCGUAUUCGACCGAAGGACUUCAAUAGAUGGAAGAGUAUAAGAGUUGAUUUUAAAGGACUCUCAGCAGCCUGUGGCACAUCAUUGGGUCUCGAGAAUUCCCACAUACCGGACUCCCGGAUCACCUCCUCUUCCUCAUUGGAUAAUUCCCAUGCUGCAUCACAUGGUCGUCUGUACGGUAGCUCCUCAUGGUGCAGCUCCUCUUCAUCCAAUACCGAGUACAUCCAGGUCGAUCUUGGAGAGGCCAAGACAGUAACAGGUAUAGCAACACAAGGAGACAAAGAUUUGGAUAAGUGGGUAACGUCAUACAAGAUGGGCUACAGUUUUGAUAAUAGAUAUUGGUACAAGUACAAAGAAGAGAAACUUAUCAAGGUAUUCAAUGGAAACAAAAAUAGAACUGACGUCAUAGUUAACUGGCUAAGCAAUCCAACUGCAGCUCGUUACGUCAAAAUAUUUCCUCAGAGCAGUAACGGUGGAGUCUGUCUAAGACUCGACCUUUAUGGAUGCACCUUCU